GACGCUCAUAUCAUAUGGAGCAAAUGCACCACUGCUCCGAACUAUCAUGCAAUCAUCACAGUCGUCGAGUGUACAGUCGCAUUUUCCUUCGCGGUCCCCUCAAAGUGAUAAGGAACAACUAGUCUUAAUUCCCGACAGGAUAGACGUGGAAGAAGAAUCACGUCUAUAUGACGAGCUUGAAGAGGACGAGGAUGUGAAUGAAUCAUCUGCUCUGCAAUCUUCUCCUGGCCCACCUUCGAUACACUCUCGCGACAUAUGGCUCGGAGACCACGUGGGUCAAAGCGCAGUAUUUUCUAGAGAUGUCAGGAUAAGUGGGUGGACUAGUGUUGGAGACCAGCUCGGUGGGGCAUUUAUUGUGUAUGAUUGUGCUAUCCGCACAAAAGAGGGAAUUACUAUUCAUGCUCAUAAGAGGUUUAAUGAUUUCGUAGAAUUAUAUCACACCCUAAAACAUACCCUACCGCGCCACCUAUUACACUUCAUACCGCCAUUGCCUCCCAAGUCACCAUUUGCCCGUUAUCGGCCUGCUUUUCUGGACCACCGCAGAAGACAACUACAAUCCUGGCUGUCAGUAGUUCUGUUGCACCCAGAAAUCGGCGCCUGCCAGGCCGUGCGCCAUUGGGUAUUGGACUAACGGUUUGGCUUAAUAAUUCGUCUUUUUAUUCGUUAUGUAAUGAGGACGCUGGGCUGCUCGAGUCGUUCUCUUCGUGUGUUUCUUCGUUUGUAAUGAUGGCACGUACCACCUACAUCCAUGCCGCGCUACUCAUUACUAUUGGAAUUAGCAUCUCGGGUCCAUGCACCGCUC